CGUGAUCCAGCGCUGCCGUGGCCAUGGAGACGGUCGUAAACGGGACGGUCGUUCAGAGUCCUGUAAGAAAUGGAGACGCUGCCAGAGGAGCAGUUGUCUGAGGCUGGAGAGUGGAAGGGGGAGGAGGAGGCAGGGGAUGAAGAUCUGAAUACAGAGCUGCAGGAUCUGGAGGAGACACUGUCCAAAAUACACAUCACUACCCCUGCCAGCCCGCAACCAGUGACUAAGUCGUCCAUAGAUCUCUCUGAAUUCCCCUCCUCGUACAAGGAGAACUCCUCCCAGGAGAAGCUGCUGCUGGCCAUUGCUGAUAAUUUCCGCUCUCAAUAUGCUCACCUGUAUCCUGACCGCAAACCUCUGUUCCUGAAUCCCCUCAAUGAGUGUGGGGUUGAGAAGUUUGUGAGCACCACGCUGCGCCCAACACUGCUGUCCUACCCUGAACUGUACAGCUGGGGUGGCUGUGCGUGUUUUGUAUCUGAGUAUCUCUCUGUCGAGCCUCUGGAUCCCCCUGUAGAUCUGCCCCAGUGCCUUCGUUCUCCUACCUGGGUGCUGAAGUGCCAGCGUGGGACCUGCUUCGAGUUCGCAAACCUGCUAUGCUCCCUGCUGCUUGGGGCGGGCUAUGAUGCAUACUGCGUCAGCGGCUACGCAGCGAAGGAGCUCUGUCUGCUGGACCAGACACACCAGCAGUGCCCCCUGCUGGUGAACCAGGAGAAGGGCAAACUGCCAGAGCAGAGAGCCCCUCAGAAGAAGUAUACUGUGAAGCCCCCCAGAGACCUGCGCAGUGCCUUUGAACAGCAGCAAGAGCAGAGGAAGCAGGCAGAGAUCCUGGCCGCUCAGGAGAAGAGGCGCAAGGAAACAGAGAGAGAAGAAGCUGAGCGGGAGCGACCUCCUCCCGACCCGCUGAUGGGCCUCCGUGUGCACUGCUGGGUCCUGGUUCUGGCUGGGAGGCGUGAGGUCCCCGAGAACUUCUUCAUCGACCCGCUGGGCGGAAAGAGCUUCAGCACUACGGACGAGAGGUUUCUGGGAAUCGAGAGCCUCUGGAACCAUCAGAACUACUGGGUCAAUAUGCAGGACUGCAGGAACGGCUGUAGGGACUUGACGUUUGACUUGGGUGAUGCUGUGAAAUGGGAGUUCCUGCUCUUUGGAAGGGGCAAACCCUUGUUAUUGAUCCCAGACAUGAAGAACCAAGAGGAUCUGGAGGAGGAGGAGGAGAAAGAGGAGCCAGUGGUGUUUGAGAUGCCUCCCUCAUGGGUCGAGAAAAUUGACAUUUCCUCAAAAGAUAUGGAGACUCGCUGCCCUGAGGGGAAGAAAGUUAUCCAGUACCGGAAGGCUAAGCUGGAGAAAUUUGCUCCUUAUCUGAUGAAGGAUGGACUAGUGACUCGGCUCACUGUCUACCAGGACUUGGAAUGUAAACAGGUCUCAGACGUGAAGGAGUGGUUCAGACACAGACAUGACCAUUUGGAAAUGAGGGAGCUGAAGAAAGGAAGCAAUGAGACUUUGGAACAUUUCAGUCCAGGAAGAUCACACGCACUAAAGACUCACAGGUACAUCACGCUGGAGCCAGAAACAGAGCGGCAGAUGGAGUUCUACAGCCAUGCUCGGGUUGACGGGCUGGCUAAGCGCGUGGAGAUUCCAUUUGAGAUGACGGAGACCUUUGAGGCCAGACCGGACGGCUUGUACCACAGGCACGUGAUCUUUGGGAAGCGACUGAAGAUGCCAAUGGCCGCCAAUGCCCAGGAUCCAAACAGCAGGCCUGUACUGAAAAUCACUGAGCGUUACCAUCGCAAUCGAGACAGAAAGGCCAGUGAGGAUGUGGCCGAGAGAGUGUUCCUGAUCGCAGAGCAGCGCAUCCAGCUGACCUACCACCGAGAGGACGACUGCAUCAUCCCCUCCUGGAGGGAGUUCGUCAAGCCACGCGUCACUGGAGACAAACACGACCAGCGCAUGGUCUUCACCCCGGACAUGGUCACCGCCUACCAGGUUGACCCCAAUGAGAAACCCAGCAAGAACCUGUUUUUGUAUGAGAUACUGAUGUCCCUGAUGCAGGAAGAGGAAAUUGUCAAGCAGCGAGUGAAAGAGUCAGAGAAAGAGACUAGAGCCAUCUUGUCCCUUCGAGCUCAAGAAGACAUUGGGACUGAGCUACUUAUUUCAGUCUAUGACACAGCCAGGAAUGAAAAGGCCCGUAAAAACAGAGAAGACAUGGAGCGCUCUGCCAAGGAGGAGAAAUUGCGGAAAGCAGAGAAGGAGCUGGAUUACUUGGCUCCCUUCCUGGCGCAGCUGGGAGACCCAGACGCCCUGACCCGCAAGAUGGCCCUGCAGCUGCGAGAAGACUGCCUGUCCGACCUCAAGCAGCGUCUGAUCGACAAAGCAAACCUCAUUCAGGCUCACUUCGAAAAGGAGACACAGGAGUUACAGAAGAAGCAGCAGUGGUAUCAGCAGAACCAGCUGUCCCUGACCAAGGAUGAUGAGGAGACCUACCUGUCCUACUGCUCAGAAGCCAUGUUCCGCAUCCACAUACUGGAGCUGCGCCUCAACAGGCACAAGGAGAAAGCACCCCAAAAGUACCUGGCAUUGGAAGAGAAACUGCGAAGGGACCCCAGGCUGUCUGAGUACCUGUGGUGACCUCACCGAAGACAGCUGUGACCUCAUACCUCGCCUUCUACUCCACAAACACAGCCAUGACCUCAUACCUCCCCAGUAUACCCCACAAAGAUUCCCUUUACCACUCUUUCUUAUACCACAUUAACUAUUCCUCUUACUCCACAUGGAUAUCUAAAAUCCAUUGAUUUUGAAUUCAGUGAACUGGUAAAAUCUCAUCCCAUAACCAGCUUUCAAGAACACUUUACUGUGAGUGUCAGCAACAAGCCAUGUUUUUGCAACAAACAGUGUUUAGAUUGGUACACAUUAAAUAGGAUUUUCCUUUUAUUUAGUAAUGGAUGAAAGUUUCUUUCAAGGUUAACACUAUUGAGUUGAUGUAUCACUGCUCAAUCUCAAACUACUUACUUAUUUCUCUAAAUUAUUUUACUGUAUGAUAAAGAGAAUUAAAUAAACUAGUUUGGAAACCUC